GUUCGUAACCUCCGAGUCCCCGCCUUUUCCGGACGUUACGCACAGUGGGGUUGCCGGAAGAAGUGGCGAAGUUACUUUUGAGAGGAUCCGACCAGCGGCGGCUUGCCAGGGGAUACCGAAGAGAGAAGAGAAGCGGAGUAAGGAGACGGAGGCAGCUCGCGCCACCCACGCCUGUUUCUACGGCAACGGGAGUAGGAGACCCCGCGAGAGGCCGCCCACGAGACCCUCGCGCGCAGCCAUGAGCCCCGCCCCCCACUGGUGUUCGGAGAGGGGCGGGACCUGGAGCGAGGCUGCCUCGUGACCCCACCAUGUCCACCCCCACUACAAGUUGCCCGGACACCCCUUUGCCUGGACAUGGUCCCCCUCCACCCAGUGCCCCUUCUUCGUCACCUGCUGUAAAGGAAGAGGGUCCUGAGCUGUGGUCUGGGGGUCCGGACCCCGAUGUCCCAGGCGCCGAUGAGGCUGGCUCAGCCUACAUCGUGGUCACCCUAGACCCAGAAGAGGAGCCAGAGCGCAAGCGAAAGAAGGGCCCCGCGCCGAAGAUGCUGGGCCACGAGCUAUGCCGCGUCUGCGGCGACAAGGCCUCUGGCUUCCACUACAACGUGCUCAGCUGUGAAGGCUGCAAGGGCUUUUUCCGGCGCAGCGUGGUCCGGGGCGGGGCAGGGCGCUAUGCCUGCCGGGGCGGUGGAACCUGCCGGAUGGAUGCCUUCAUGCGGCGCAAGUGUCAGCAGUGCCGGCUGCGCAAAUGCAAGGAGGCUGGGAUGAGGGAGCAGUGCGUCCUAUCUGAAGAGCAGAUCUGGAAGAAGAAGAUUCAGAAGCAGCAGCAGCAGCCGUCGCCCGUAGAGGCUGGGGUCAGCAGCAGCUCUGUCUCUGCGCCCGGGGCCUCCCCUGGAGGGUCCGACAGGGGAGGCCAAGGCUCUGGGGAAGGCGAGGGCAUCCAGUUAACAGCUGCUCAAGAACUAAUGAUCCAGCAGUUGGUGGCGGCCCAGCUGCAGUGCAACAAACGCUCCUUCUCCGACCAGCCCAAAGUCACGCCCUGGCCCCUGGGUGCAGACCCUCAGUCCCGUGAUGCCCGCCAGCAGCGCUUUGCCCACUUCACAGAGCUGGCCAUCAUCUCAGUCCAGGAGAUUGUGGACUUUGCUAAGCAGGUGCCUGGCUUCCUGCAGCUGGGCCGUGAGGACCAGAUUGCCCUCCUGAAGGCAUCUACCAUUGAGAUCAUGCUGCUGGAGACAGCCAGGCGCUACAACCACGAGACAGAGUGCAUCACUUUCCUGAAGGACUUCACCUAUAGUAAGGAUGACUUCCACCGCGCAGGCCUGCAGGUGGAGUUCAUCAACCCCAUCUUCGAGUUCUCACGGGCCAUGCGGCGGCUGGGCCUGGACGACGCCGAGUACGCCUUGCUCAUUGCCAUCAACAUCUUCUCGGCUGACAGGCCCAACGUGCAGGAGCCGAGCCGCGUCGAGGCCCUGCAGCAGCCCUACGUGGAGGCGUUGCUCUCCUACACGCGAAUCAAGAGGCCCCAGGAUCAGCUCCGCUUCCCUCGCAUGCUGAUGAAGCUUGUGAGCCUGCGCACACUGAGCUCCGUGCACUCGGAGCAGGUCUUUGCCCUGAGACUUCAGGACAAGAAGCUGCCGCCUCUGCUGUCUGAGAUCUGGGAUGUCCACGAGUGAGGGGCGGCCACUCUGUCCCACAUCCCUGCACCCUCCAGUCAAUGGACUUUCACUCCUUCCUCCUGGGUGGAAAAGGGUUGGUCCUGGGGUCCUACUUUGUGGCUUGAGCUCAGGUCCCAGCCCCCCCAGGACUUAGCCUUUCAGGAUGAGCCCCAUUUGGGGUCCAGGAAGCUCACUCCUUGUCCACUGAGUCUUCCUGGGAGGGCUGGAUGGGUCACAGGUCCUGACCUCUGACCCCUCCCAGCUGCCCUCCCCGCCUAGCUUAACACCUCAAGCCCACCAUGCAAUGCACCUUGAACAGAGGGAAGCAAGGGCCUGUGGCUUUCCCCCACAGCCUGAGAGACCACAGACCCCCUCCUUCUGUUCCUUUUAUUUAAUAAAAA